AUGGCACAGCUUCGCGCCUUAAUCCUGAGAAAGAACUUUCCUCCCGCCUAUGGCAGGAGUCAGAGCUAUCGACCGCGACGCAAAAGAUCACAUCAACGCAACUUCUACGCUCCAAGACCUACCUACCCCAUCACUCGCUACAAGACUUCCUAUACAAAUCUGCAGAACGCAACACCACUUCCCGUCCUUCAGAAACCGACGGGUACAUAUUCACGAUUCGCCGCCCGCAAGCAGGCACCAUCAACAACCUACCUCUUCCUCGAGGAAGCGAUGCAGAUUGAGUCGACUCUACGUACCUUGAGAGCACAGAACCUGCAUUCAAACGCAUUGAUACAGUACACCCGACGGUCCAAGAGCCAAAUAUUCAAAAAAAGAAAAAUCAUUAGAAACAGCGCUGCAGGAAAAUGCGAACACGGUAAGCUUUGCUCUCUGAAAACCAACAUGCACUGGGCGCCUUUACAAACACCACCGACUCCUACGUGGCAGCAUCGUGAUUUGUAUCAAGACGGAACGUAACACAAUGCACAGGUCCCAAGCCCAAGGACAUUAGACCUCCAGCACAAAUAUGAAAGCACUACAGCGCCAAGGAACAAGCUGCUCUGAAGCACAUCAAGAUCGAUAGAACUACAGCACUCGCACGAAUCUCGACGGAACGAGUCGCAACGAAAGGCAUCGGUGGCAAGCACGCUCAUAGGUACGGCAAAUGUUCUGCAUUCGCCUCUCUACAUCACGCCCACGCAUCAUCUUGCUGCAUGUACAUGCAAAGCUUUAGUUCUUCAAUCCUUUGUAUAAAUCGCAGUCAAGUGACUAACAAAUGGGAAGCAGUAGGUACUUUCUUUCGUAGGUAUCGUGAUAUCUCAAUCCUGCUCUGUGUCAGUGUC